GAGUCGGUAUUGAGUAGGGUGUCGUACCGCGCAGUAUUUCAUAUCGGUUGGUUACCAUCAACGUUACACUUUCUAGAACCUAGAUCGUAGAGUUUAAACAUUCUAGCUGCACUUGAAUUGCGCGUUACCAUCGGAUCGCUGCGAAUUACCGCGAAUCGUAUGCGAGACGACGCGAAGAGUAACUUUCUGCUCGAUCGUCGUAUUCUUUGCGCGGAGUGUACCGUGCGUGCGGAUGCAUGGCAGUGGUACCCACUGCUGCGCACAGAUGAACGUCACGAAGAAUGACAUUCAAAAUUUGCAGUUAAAGAUCGAGCGAUAACGGAACGCGUGUCGAAAAUCCGUGGCCCGUGUGCGCGUGACAGUUGCGUUAGAUGGGGUGUUGCAGUAGGCGGAACGGAACGCGACAAACAUGAACGUGGACAACGACUUGGAUCAGCAUUUGCUCCACCAGUUCAGCUGUCUGGGUACCACCGACAAGGAUGAUCUGGUGAAGCAGCUACAGAAGUUGCUAGCUGGCAGCCAGUUGAACGAAACUACCGCUGCCUUCUUUCUGGACAUGAAUAAUUGGAACCUUCAGGCGGCUAUAUGCAGCUAUUUUGAUUUCGAGUCUCCGGUUCGAAACAAAUUUCCAUGUAUGACGCUGAUAUGCGACAGCACUAUCGGCGAAGGCGAAUCGGUACCACCGCUCACCAACUUUCGUAAAUCGUGGAGAAUACAAAACAGCGGUACGGAAGCUUGGCCGGAAGAGGUCUGUCUACAAUACAUAGGAGGCGUACAAAUGGGAGCUUGUACGAGGGUACCGGUACCGUCCCUAGGUCCCAAAGAAGUAACGGAAGUGAGCGUCGAUCUUCAGAGCCCUCCGUACUGCGGUACGUUUCAAAGUAAAUGGAGGAUGAUGGUAAAGUCUACCGAAACGUUUUUCGGAGACGUCGUCUGGAUAAUUAUUACUGUGAACGAAACCGGUACGUUAGCUGUGACUCAGCAACUGCAUCAGUUGAGUACGUCGUCGUCCAACGAUGCGAAGAUGUGCUAGCCCUCGUCGUUCUCCGGACGCUGACCCUUGAGCUCUUGUCUCUCUUCUCUUCUCCUCUCCUAAAUCCCUCCCUCCCUGCCGGCUUCCUCCCCUCCUUUCUUUCUUCCCCGAUAUCUCCGUGGAUUACUUUUAAAAUAAAGCGAGUGAACGGCAACGUAUCCGUUAAAAUCUGUUGCUUCGACACGACGAGAAACGACAAAAGUAAAUUCUUUUACCUUUGUAACAACGCUACGAACGAUAUCUCCUCGUAUUAUCCGUGCGCUUAUCGUUUGACCAAGCAUCGGAACACUGUAUAGGAGCGUAAUGUAAUUUCGUCAAAUCUUGUGAAAGUUGCCGUUGUACGUAACACCCGUUUCGUCGUCCAUACUCGUCGGUUACAAGUUUUGCUGAUCAAUCGUCGUCGAAUGAUAUCUUGUUUCGUCGUCGCGAUGCAAAAUGCAACGAAAAGAUGCGUCGUAUAACAUCCGCUGAACAGAGCGAUGGUAGCAGACGCGUAUGGACCAAAAUUACGAAAUUACCGAGAAAAGUUGAUAUACACAUAUAUAUGCAUAUGAAUGCGUGCGCGUGUGCGUGUGCGCGCGCGCGAGCGUGCGUCUGUUUGAACGAGACACGAGUUUGUGAAGAAAAAAAUAAUAAUAAUAAUAAUAAAAUCAUAAUUUUUAUUA